AUGAAAGUCAUCGCAAAAGAGUUGGAUAAAAGCUCCUCAGGAUACAUUACCCUAAUUGCAGAGAAUGAAGAAGAUAUGUGGCUAACUUAUAAUUUAGUUCAGGUUGGAGACAAAAUGAGAUGUUCAACAGUCCGCAAAGUUCAGAAUGAAUCUGCAACUGGUAGUGUCCAAACUAAACAAGUUAGAACAAAUCUAACAAUUGAAGUGGAGAAAAUAGAUUUUGAUGUCCAGGGUUCAAUAUUACAUUUAAAUGGACGCAAUGUAGUAGAGAAUCAAUUUGUUAAAAUGGGCGCAUAUCACACCUUGGAUUUAGGAGUGGAUGAAAAAUUUACAAUCACUAAAACAGAAUGGGAUAGUGUUGCUAUAAUGCUUGUUGAACAAGCAUCUGAUCCAACACAACAAGCUGAUCUUGCUGCAGUUAUAAUGCAUGAAGGUUUAGCAUAUGUAUGUCUUAUAACAAGUACAACUACAAUUGUUAGAGCAAAGAUUGAUACAACUAUUCCACGUAAACGUCCAGGCUUGCCAACUGCUCAACAUGAAAAAGGAAUAUCACGAUUUUUUGAACAAAUUAUGCAAGCAUUAGAACGUCACAUCCGCUUCGACAUUGUCAAAUGUAUCAUAUUAGCUAGUCCUGGAUUUCUACGUGAACAGUUUUUCGAGUUUAUGAUACAAACAGCAACAAGACAAGAGAAACGUGUAUUUUUAGAAAAUAAAUCAAAAUUUAUGCUUGUUCAUUCUUCAUCUGGUCAUAAACAUGCCUUGAAAGAAGUGCUAACAGAUAGUGUUGUUAUGAGUAAAUUGGCUAAUACUAAAGCUACCUCUGAAGUAACAGCAUUAAAUGAUUUUUAUCAAAUGUUAAAAGUUGAUCAAUCACGUGCAUUUUAUGGUUAUAAACAUGUUAAGACAGCUGCUGAAGCACGAGAGAUUGCCUGCAUUGAGCGCGAUAUCAUUCGAUGA